AUGUGUGAUUGGCCUCAAGGCCGCCAUGACAUUGGGAAUCAAGAAGUUGAAAGUUUACCCCAUUCAUCAAUCAUAAUCUGUCAAACUCAAGGGAAAUGGAAAAUGAAAGAUGAGAAGCUGAAACCCUAUCAAGAACACUUGGAGGGGAUGAUCAAGAACUUUGAAGAAGCCACAUUCGAAUAUUUGCCAAAAGUCAACAAUAGAUUUGUAGGCGCUUUGGCCACCUUUGCCUCAAUGGUUGAAUGCAGCUCAGAUACCCAGAUCCGACCAAUUCUGGUAGAUAGAAGAUGUGAGCUGGCAUAUGAAGAAUCAGUGAAUGUCUUGACAGUUGAUGGAAAAAUAUGGUUCACACCCAUAGUUGACUUCAUCAGAGAAAGGAGGUAUCCUGAACAUUUCACAAUGGGUGAAAAGAAGCAGCUACAAAAGUACGCCACACAAUUCAUGCUCCAAGGAGACUUGUUGUACAAAAGAUCUUACGAUGGCAUACAACUGCUCUAUGUAGAUGAGGACCAAGAUCAAACAAUCAUGAAGGAAAUCCAUUAG